AUGGGUCUCAACGGUAACUUCUUCCUAUUUAAGACUGUUUUCUGCGUAUCGUUCCACACUGCCUUGCUCUGUUCUUCGAAGGAGAGAAGCCAGAGAACAAUGGAGGUUCCAUCUCUUUCUUCUAAUGGAUUUCCUCUGCAGCUUCUCAGAGUUGCUCUGGUUUUGCUGGCGAUAAUGGACUUGACUCGGGGUUACGACUUCUACGCCGGCGGCAGAGACGGCUGGGUGCUGCAUCCCUCUGAGAGUUACAGCCAUUGGGCCGAGAGAAACAGGUUUCAAGUCAGUGAUUCCAUCGUUUUCGCGUACGAGAAGGGGAAGGACUCUGUUUUGGCGGUGCCGGAGCAUGAUUUCCACUCCUGCAACUUGAGCAGACCCUUACUGCGGCUCGACGGAGGCAAUGACCGAUUUGCGUUCAACCACUCCGGGCCGUUCUUCUUCGUGAGCGGCGCUCCAGGAAAGUGCGAGCUGGGGCAGAAGCUAGAGGUGGUGGUCAUGGCCAUCCGCCACCGGCCAUCUCCGCCUCCGCCUCGUUCAACCCCUUGUCCCGCGCCAAAAGCACCGCCUCCUUUGUCAGCAACUCCGCCGCCUGUUCCGGAUGCCUUUGGCAGUUGGACAUCGCCCGCGCCAGCACCGGCCCAGCUACCUGCAACUUCCUACGCUGCUGCGAUCAGCUCUCUCGGAAUACUAAUUGCUAUUACCCAAUUUGUGCUUCUGAUUCAAAUUCUGUAG